AACUCCUCUGCACUGCACCAGUGGUUGCUUGUUUGUUUCUUAGGAGGCGAGGCUGCAUCUGCACACAUCACUAGUGGAGUAGUGGUAGCCAGUACGCACCUCCAGGCUCCAGCUACUUCUUCAUCAACAACCUAUCAGCAACUUGUGCGUACUCCAGUAGAUCCAAGAGAGUAGCUAGCUACAGAGAUCAGGGAGGGGAUCGGGGUGGGUCAGUGUAGGCGCUCCGCAGAGGAGGAGGAGGAGGAGGAGGAAGAAGACGACGACCGGGGAGGAUCAAGCUCCGGUCGUGGUUGGAGGAUGCUUGGAGGUCGGCCGGUGUUCGUUCUGUUCGGCUCCUCCAUCGUGCAGUACAGCUUCAGCAACGGCGGAUGGGGCGCCGCCCUCGCCGACAUCUACGCCCGCAAGGCUGAUAUCGUGCUUAGAGGGUAUAUCGGCUGGAACACAAGGCGGGCCCUUCAAGUCAUGGACAAAGUGUUCCCUAAGGAUUCACCAGUGCAGCCAUCUUUGGUAAUAGUUUACUUUGGUGGAAAUGACUCCAUUGCCGCUCACUCGUCUGGUCUUGGACCUCAUGUGCCGAUAGACGAGUACAUAGACAACAUGAGAAAGAUUGCGGAACACCUGAAGAGCCUGUCUGAGAAGAUUCGUGUCAUUUUCCUCAGCUGCCCGCCUCUGAACGAGGAGAUGCUUCGUAAAUCGACCAGCAGUAGUAUACUGAGCGAGAUCGUGCGGACGAACGAAACCUGCCGUUUGUACUCUGACGCCUGUGUAUCUCUGUGCAAAGAGAUGGACCUGAAGGUGGUGGAUCUCUGGAAUGCCAUGCAGAAGAGGGAAGACUGGAUGACAGCAUGCUUUACCGACGGCCUGCAUUUAUCUGAAGAGGGGAGCAAGAUAGUGGUGGAAGAGAUUCUCAAGGUGCUGAAGGAGGCAGACUGGGAUCCAUGCUUACACUGGACGGCGAUGCCGACGGAGUUUGCGGAGGACUCACCCUACGAUCUCGUCUCCUCCAGCGGCCAAUCCACUGUCAACCCCUCCGAGUGGACCAUCCACAGGAAGAUACCAUGGAACUGACUCAUCCAUCGAUCGAUCGAUCGACCUCGUCUCCUCCUCCAUGGCUGGCUGGCUGGCUAUUCCUGCAGAUGAAUAUGUCACCAAUUAUGAAUGGAUGAAAAAUCAAUCCUGGUCACCAAGAAUAAUGAGGAAAAAUUCUGCUAAUAUUUCCAUUGGUUUCAGUCUAGCUUUAUUUGUCAUCAUGAUACAUACAUACAUUUGUGAUUUGUGAUUUGUGGCAGGCACGCUUUGUUCUUGGCUUUUCUUUCUGUAAUGACUAAUGAUACACACUGGUGGCCACGCCGACGGCAUACCAGCUCCA